CUAUAAAAGGUCGAAGCUUUGAGGGCCAUAGAGAGAGAGAGAGAGAGAGAGAAUGAGGGAGGAGGAGGAGCCGUUAUUCCAUUCCUGAAUAUUCCGACCGACGAGCACCACCAGCUCACCCUCUCUCCUCCUCUCCUCCCACCGGUUCCCAUUCCAAUCCCAGGAUGGAAACCACCAUCACAGCCCCACCACCGUCGCCGCCAGAAGGUCUCGAUGUUUCGCCCAUCGGAUCUCCCCAUAACCUGGCUGAUGACGUACACGAGGCUCUUUCUGAGGACGAACUAGUAGAUCAUACCCUCGAUCAUGAUCAUCGCCUCCUCCUCCAACCCACCGGUGCUCUUACUGAGGAUCUGAAACGUAGAAUCAUUAAGCAGGUGGAAUAUUAUUUUAGUGAUGGGAAUUUGGCCAAUGACAAACAUAUGAUAAAUUUGAUUAGGAAGAACAAAGAAGGGUUUGUUCCUAUAGCAAUUAUUGCUUCCUUUAGGAAAAUGAAAAAGCUUAUCAGAGACUAUGCAUUAAUAGCGACUGCAUUGAGGGAAUCAACCUCUCUUGUUGUCAAUUCAGAUGGAAAGAAGGUGAAGCGACUUCAUCCUUUUCUACUUGCUGAAACCAAAGAUUCAAAGUUAUAUACUGUUUUGGUAGAGAAUCUACCCGAGGAUCAUUCAGUGGAGAACAUACAGCAAAUAUUUGGAGAGGCUGGAAAGAUAAAGAAUAUUUGUUUACGUGAUCCACAUGCAAUAGAAGCUUCAUCUAAAGGAGACAGAGCCGAGAAGUUUAUCAGUAGUAAGCUUUAUGCACUCGUGGAGUACGAGACUGUGGAGGCUGCCGAGAAAGCUGUGGCUACUCUGAACAAUGAACAGAAUUGGAGAAGCGGUAUGAGGGUCAAGCUUCUGAAGCAAGCGGCAAAGCACGGCCAGCGAAAGCAAAUGUGGAGGCCGGCUGAUUCUGAGAAAAAUCACAGUAUUCAACUGCCUGAUCGGACCAAAGACGAGGGGAAUCAUAACACCACCGAGCAGCAUGAUGAUACACCCGAUGAAGAGGAUGCGGCUCACUCUUACAAACAGAAAAACGAGCACAGAGUUCGAAACCGAGGGAGAUCAGGAAGACAAAAACACCGCGGUGCUAAUGGGAUGGGUCAUGGAAAUAGUUGGUCGGCUAGUCAUCCACAUGAACCUCCAAAGCCACCACCUGGACCAAGAAUGCCCGAUGGAACUCGGGGAUUCACGAUCGGUCGUGGCCGUCCUCCAAUUUCUGAUCAAAGUUAACCAACAAGAACAAAACAAAUGCAGAACACACACACACACACACACUCUUUCACUCUCUCUGUGUCUAUAAUAUAGACUAUAUAAAUGUUAUUAUUGUCUAUAAUCCAUUUUCAGUUGUAUUUGUUGUGGAAUGUGUUAGAAUUUGGAGGUUUGUAAUAUCUAUGUUUGGCAUGGCUUUUCUGGUUUGUAAUCUUAUCACUCUUGUAUGAUAUUCCUCUUUAAUGGUAUCUAUUAAUUCAGACAA